CAUGGCUCUUCUCACUGCGGCAGCCCGGUUCUUGGCAGCCAAGAACUCAUCCUGCCUCAUCCUUGCCGCCCGGCACACCAGUGGUGCUUCUACGAAUUUGAAAGUUGUACUGAGCAAUCUGAUACCUAAGGAGCAGACCAGGGUUAAGACCUUCAGACAGCAACAUGGGAAGACAGUCUUGGGUGAAAUCACUGUGGACAUGAUGUACGGUGGCAUGAGAGGCAUGAAGGGACUUGUGUAUGAGACAUCGGUUCUUGAUCCUAAUGAGGGCAUCCGUUUCCGAGGCUAUAGUAUCCUUGAAUGUCAGAAACUGCUUCCUAAGGCUAAGGGUGGGGAAGAACCCCUCCCCGAAGGCUUGUUUUGGCUGCUAGUAACUGGACAGAUACCCACAGAGGAACAGGUAUCUUGGCUCUCACAAGAAUGGGCCAAAAGGGCAGCUCUACCUUCUUAUGUGGUCACCAUGCUAGACAAUUUUCCGACCAAACUGCACCCUAUGUCUCAACUCAGUGCAGCCAUCACAGUCCUCAGCGGUGAAAGCAACUUUGCCCGAGCGUAUGCAGAGGGAAUGAACAAGGCUAAGUACUGGGAGCUCAUCUAUGAAGACUGCAUGGACCUGAUUGCCAAGCUACCAUGUGUUGCAGCAAAGAUCUACCGGAAUCUGUACCGGGAGAACAGAAAUAUUGAGGCCAUUGACCCUAAGCUGGACUGGUCCCACAAUUUUACCAACAUGUUAGGCUACACGGACCCUCAGUUCACCGAGCUCAUGCGUAUGUACCUCACCAUCCACAGCGACCAUGAGGGUGGUAAUGUAAGCGCCCACACAUGCCAUUUGGUGGGCAGUGCCCUCUCAGACCCUUACCUAUCCUUUGCAGCAGCCCUGAAUGGGCUGGCGGGGCCUCUACAUGGACUAGCAAAUCAGGAGGUGCUUGUCUGGCUGACGCGGCUGCAGAAGGAAGUUGGCAAAGACGCGUCAGAUGAGAAGUUACGAAACUACAUCUGGAACACACUCAACACGGGACGGGUUGUCCCAGGAUAUGGUCAUGCGGUGCUAAGGAAGACUGAUCCACGUUACGCCUGUCAGCGAGAGUUCGCUCUGAAAUAUCUGCCUAAAGAUCCCAUGUUUAAGCUGGUUGCUCAGCUGUACAAGAUUGUGCCUGAUAUCCUCUUAGAGCAAGGAAAAGCCAAGAACCCUUGGCCCAACGUAGAUGCUCACAGCGGAGUGCUACUCCAGUACUAUGGCAUGACGGAGAUGAAUUACUACACAGUCCUGUUCGGCGUGUCGAGGGCACUGGGUGUACUGGCCCAGCUCAUCUGGAGCAGAGCCCUAGGCUUCCCUCUAGAAAGGCCUAAGUCCAUGAGCACGGAUGCUCUGAUGAAGUUUGUGAACUCUAAAUCAGGGUAA